CUCUACAGGAACAAAGAGAUUUUCCUUCGUGAGCUGAUAUCUAACGGGUCCGACGCCCUGGACAAAAUCCGGUUGAUGUCGCUCACCAACAGCGACGUGCUGGCAGCCAACAAAGACAUGAGCAUCCGCAUCAAGGCGGACCAGGAGAACAGGCUGCUGCACAUCAUCGACUCGGGGCUCGGCAUGACGCGACACGACCUCGUCAACAACCUCGGCACCAUCGCAAAAUCGGGCACAGCCGAUUUCCUCUCCAAGAUGCAGGACCCGGAAAAGAGCAAUACCCAGGAGAUGAACGACAUGAUCGGUCAGUUCGGCGUGGGGUUCUACUCUGCGUUCCUGGUGGCGGACAAGGUGACGGUGGUGUCGAAGCACAACGACGACAAGCAGCACGUGUGGGAGUCCGACGCCAACUCCUUCAGCGUCGCAGAGGAUCCGCGCGGAGACACGCUGCGGCGCGGCACGCACAUCACGUACGGCCACACACCACACACACACACACACCACACACACACACACACACACACACACACACCACACACACACACACAACACACACACUUCCCCAUUUACCUGUGGGCGUCUCAUACGGAGACCGUGGAGGAGGCCGACACAGACGCAGACGCAGACCAGGCCGACGCAGACGACGAUGCCCAAGUGGAAGAUGCGACCGACGAGAAAAAGGAGACAAAGAAAACAGAGAAGACAGUGUGGGACUGGGAGCUGAUGAAUGACAACAAGCCAAUAUGGACGCGCAAGCCCAGCGACGUGCAGGAGGAGGAGUACACGCAGUUCUACAAGAGUCUCACCAAGGACAGCACGCAACCUCUCGCCAAGGCUCACUUCAUUGCGGAGGGCGAGGUGACGUUCCGUGCGUUGUUGUUCGUGCCGCGCGUGCAGCCGGCCGACAGUUUCAACCGCUACGGGACCAAGACCGACCACAUCAAGCUCUACGUGCGCCGCGUCUUCAUUACCGACGAGUUCAACGAGCUCAUGCCCAACUACCUCGCCUUCAUACAGGGUAUCGUGGAUAGCGAUGAUCUGCCGCUGAACGUCAGCCGCGAGACUCUGCAGCAGCACAAGCUGGUCAAGAUCAUAAAGAAGAAGCUGGUGCGCAAGGCUCUGGACAUGCUGAAGAAGAUACCGGAGGACGAGUACGAGCACUUCUGGAAGGAGUACUCCACCAACGUGAAGCUGGGCGUGAUGGAGGACCCCAGCAACCGGUCGCGGCUGGCCAAGCUGCUGCGCUUCCACUCGUCGCGCUCGUCGGAGAUGACGUCGCUGUCGGAGUACGUGUCCCGCAUGGUGGCGGGCCAGGGCCACAUCUACUACAUCGCCGGCGCCAGCCGCGCCGAGGUGGAGCGCUCGCCCUUCGCCGAGCGCCUCGUGCGGCGCGGAUACGAGGUCCUCUACCUCACCGAGGCCGUCGACGAGUACUGCCUCUCCUCGCUGCCCGAGUACGACGGCAAGAAGUUCCAGAACAUCGCCAAGGAGAUCUUCGACCUCGAAGAGAGCGACCAGCAGAAGGAGCGCCUGGAGGAGUACAAGAAGCAGUUCGAGCCGUUGACGCGGUGGUUGUCGGAGAAGCUGUCGGCGCACGUGACGCGCGCGAGCGUCUCCCGUCGUCUGCAGCGCUCGCCCGCAGCACUCGCCGCCACCGCCUUCGGCUGGACCGGCAACAUGGAGCGCCUCGCCAUGUCCAACGCGCACCAGAAGGCCGACGACGCGCAGCGCAAGCACCACCUGAUGCAGAAGAAGAUGCUGGAGAUCAACCCGCGGCACCCGAUGAUCCUGGAGCUGCUGCGGCGCGUGCGGGAGGAGCCCGACGAGCCGGCCACGCUGCAGGCCGCCACCACGCUGUACCGCACCGCCGCCAUCAGGUCGGGCUACAUGCUGCAGGAGGGGCAGGCGGUGGACUUCGCGGAGUCCGUGGAGCGCAUGCUGCAGCAGUCGCUGGGCCUCCCGCCCGACGCACGCGCCGACGACGACCCCGACGACCAACCGCCGCCGCCCACACAACAACACGGCGACGACGACGCGGAGACCGAGCUGCCCGCAGAGGACGACCACGACGAGCUCUAAGCUCGCCCACCGGCGAACUCUACGUAGCUUAUAUCGAUGACGUUAUCUCGGCGCAGAUAUGUGAUAGGAUUUUGAAUCGAAACUCCCACGUUUAGCUACUCCAUGAUGAAUGCCGACUCUUAUAAUA